CUUCCUUCCUUCGUUGCCUUGUCGUCCAUAGAAAUCAAGAUGUAUCACACACGCUUUCCUCGGGACUUUCCAUGUCGAACUCUGACGACGACGACGGGCCCAUUACUGUAAUUUACCCCCAAAAUUGGACGAAAUUACUGCAACUAAUUGGCUCUUUUCGCUCUCGAUAAAGCACCAACCCCCGAUUCGAUUCUCUCACCCAAUCAGCUACAGAGAUUCGUUUCUUGCAAUUGGGGGCUUCCGUUUUCCUACAAGACUACUCGACAAUAUUCAACCCAGUCCGAGGCUCAGAAAUCUCCGGCCGGCUUUCCUUUCCGUUUUCGUGUUUCUUGAUUGCGAUCAUGAAGGUUCAUCCGCAGCCGAGGACGCGGAACGUCACGCUCCGAUGCGACAUUGGACUCGCCUGUCGGCAGAGGAAGCUCCGGCGACUCCCCCACAUCUUCGCCAAAGUUAUCGAGCUCCCGUUCCGCUCGGACGCCGAUGUCCUCGUCGAAGAGACCUCCGGAUGUCUCCGGUUCGUCGUCGACACCGACGACUUCGGCGGCCGAGCCAGGGCUCAGAGUCUGGAGAUCUACCCCGGGGUAACCAAGCUCGUGGUCAGGGGAACCGACGCCAUUGAUUUCUCGCUGGAGGCACAGGAGCUCGACAUGUGGCGGUUCCGCCUCCCGGCGUCCACGCUCCCGGAGCUUGCCACCGCGUCCUAUAGCGACGGCGAACUCGUAGUCACCGUGCCCAAAGAAGUGAAUUUUGCUGCUUCCGAAGAAAUCUGGGUUGACGGUAAUGGUGACGACGUCGGUGCCGGACGGUUUGUUCUUGUACUGUAGUAAUCCGGCAAACCCCCUCCAUCCGUUGAUAUCAAUUUCCGUCGUCGUCUUCCACUUUAAUUGUUAGACUGUUGAGAUGAAAUCUCUUCUCAAGUCUUUCAAGUUCAAUGAAGAAUCGCUGUUCGUUUCCCCUCUGGCUACUGCAUUUGCCUCGCCCCCUCCUGUUCUUGUUUCUGUCUUCAAUUUCUUCAUAUUUUUAUUCUUGAAAGUAGUUUAAAUUAAUAUCAUAUUUCAUCUAAAAAAAUAGAAUAAUAUAUUAUCAUUUUAAUGGUUUGAGUAUUAA